CUACGCCCUCUCCCUCCGUCACUUCCGGGUCUAGUCGGACAGGGUUGUGGAAAAAAAUAAGUAGUUGUCAUGAUAUUUACCUAGCCAAUCUACAAAUGACAGACACAUAUCUAAUUAUACAGAGUACAUUACCCAUGUCAGGGCUCAAGAAGAAUUUUCGAGGCUGCUGAGUGACCUGAUCAGGUGGUGUUGGCACCUUUGUGCCAUCUCAUUCCAAGUCCCUGAGGAACUUUAAUACAGGAGAAGAUGAACGGCCUUUCCAUUAGAGAGCUAUGCUGCCUGUUCUGCUGCCCUCCUUGCCCCAGCCGCAUCGCAGCCAAGCUGGCCUUCCUCCCUCCAGAGCCCACCUACUCAAUGCUGCCAGACCCAGAGGCUACAGCUGCGGCAGCAGCCGGGACCGCACCUGGGGGUGCACCCCCCUCUCUGGGGGCUCCGGGCCUGCGCUCCCGGCUGGGUGGCGUAGGGGGAGACAGAGGAGGAGGGGGAGGAGGAGGAGGAGAGGGCAGGUGGAAGCUCCACCUGACAGAGAGGGCAGAGUUCCAGUAUACUCAGAGAGAGCUGGACAUGACGGACGUGUUCCUGACAAGGUCUAGCCGGGGGAACAGGGUGGGCUGCAUGUACAUCCGCUGUGCCCCCAAUGCCAGGUUCACAUUGCUAUUCUCCCAUGGUAAUGCAGUAGACUUGGGUCAGAUGAGUAGCUUCUACAUUGGCCUGGGAACGCGUAUCAACUGUAACAUCUUCUCCUACGACUACUCUGGCUAUGGUGUCAGCACCGGCAAACCCUCAGAGAAGAACCUCUAUGCUGACAUAGACGCUGCCUGGCACGCCCUGCGCUCCCGGUAUGGCAUCAGCCCAGAGAACAUCAUCCUGUAUGGGCAAAGUAUUGGCACGGUACCCACGGUAGACCUGGCGUCCAGGUUUGAGUGUGCUGCUGUGGUGCUCCACUCCCCUCUCACCUCUGGCAUGAGGGUGGCCUUCCCCGACACCAAGAAGACCUACUGCUUUGAUGCCUUCCCCAACAUAGAGAAGGUGUCUAAGAUCCCAUCCCCGGUGCUGAUCAUCCACGGUACGGAGGACGAGGUGAUCGACUUCUCCCACGGCCUGGCUCUGUUUGAGCGCUGUCCCAAGGCCGUGGAGCCACUCUGGGUGGAGGGGGCGGGACACAACGACAUAGAGCUCUACAGCCAAUACCUGGAGAGACUACGGCGCUUCAUCAACCAAGACCUGGCUGCAGCACACGCCUGAGAGUGGAGGAGAGGGAGGGUGUGUGUGUGUGUGUCUGUGUGUGUUUUAGCUCUGUGUGUGCGUGUGUCUGUAAGGAGCUGUACAAAGUCAUCAACCUACAGUACCUGAAGAGGAGCAUCCAGUAUGCUGUAAAUCUGUGAGUGCGUUGAGGGUAUGUGUGUUGACUCAUGGAAAUGAAUGACCUCUUGAUAUGGACACAACUGUCCGACUUUGGAUACGUGUUCCUUGAGACUUCCUGAGGCUGAAUAUGUGUGCGCACCUACAAACUGUCUUCUCUGUAUACAUACAGGUAACUGACGAAAUAAAGGAAACACCAACAAAGUGUCUUAGUAGGGCGUUGGGCCACCACGAGCCGCCAGAACAGCUUCAAUGCGCCUUGGCAAAGAUUCUACAAGUGUCUGGAACACACAACCACAACCCCUUUUUAAAUGUGUUUUGUCCAAUAUUUGUAUAUUUUUUUUAUCCCAGCCCCCGUCCCCGCAGGAGCCCUUUUAACUUUUGGUAGACCGUCAUUGUAAAUAAGGAUUUGUUCUUGACUGACUUGCCUAGUUAAAUAAAAAACUAUGCUUCUUUGAGA